AUGCCUGUCAAAGAAGAUACAUCCCUCAUCGUCACAGCCGCUCGCAAGUUCAUGGAGGAAUACUCCACCGUUGUUCUUUCGGGCAAUUCCUCGCCAGACAAAACUGAAGUCUCUACCAAGAUGGCCACUUACUACAGGGCCCCUCUGGUUUUCAUAGCAGGCGGGAAAGUGGGAUAUAUAACCGACGACUCUCGGUUUCCGCCCCUUAUCAAAGGCAUUCUUGAUAAGUCUGCUUCUAUCUCACCAGCUCCGCUUGUACUCAAGGAAAUAGAGGUCAAGGUUGUGGCGGAGAAGAGCGCUGUUGUCUGGCUUCAUCUUAGUAUAGAGGACAUUGAAGCGUCGAAUGUUUAUUUUAUUCGGAUGGAUGAAGAAGGGGUGGUUUAUUGUGAAGGAGGGAUAUUUGAUGGGGAGAAUUUCUUGUCAGCACAGCUGGAGAAGCUUCAUCAGUGA